CUCAUGUAAAUAUCAAAACAGGAGUCUAAAUAAUAAAUAUUUGCGAUAAAAAAAAAAGUUAAAAAUGGUAAUAUAAGUUAAGAUUAGCUUUUUAAAAUUUAUAAAAAGACUGUUACCAUGUAGAAACUGUUGGAAUGAUCUUUAAAGAAUCUAAAAUGAGCAACUUGUCCAUAACUCAAGAACAGCAACUAUGCGAGAUGUACAUUUCUAGUGCAGUGAAUAACAAAGCAUCGGAACUUACACUUGUUAAACAAUCUUUUUUGAAGCCAGCAGCAAAGAGUUCAAUUCAUGAACCUCAAAACACGGAUGGUUUAUGGGGGUUAUUUAAAAAAUGCAAUGCAGAAGAAAAUGGUGGAGCGUAUGGUCUCAGAACAGAAAAGACGCCAGAUGAAAAAGAACUAACAAAUGAUAUAACAACUUCGGAAGCAAAGCCAAAAAUAAAUAGAAUAGCUAAAACAAACUCAUCUUUGGCUAUUAGUAAAGUAGAAAGUAAUCCAAUGGGUUCAGAAAAUAAUAUCUGUCAUUCAUUUGACGCAAUGAAUCAAAUCAAUGCAUUUAUGGUAUCUAGGGAUAAGCCCGUAAGUAACGCUUUUGUGAAUUUUGGGAUUCCAAUCUAUAAGAAUGCAAGAAACAAAAGAUUUAGUGAGAGAAAGGGAUGCAUGAAGCAAGAAAAAGAAGAAUUUAACCAUAAAAAGAAUGAACUAAAACCAAGAAAUAAUUAUGAAAAACCAGAAAUAACAGAAACUGGUAACCCUAAUUCAAUAAACGACAGUUCAAGCAAUAAACUUGAAGAAAAAAACGGGGGGGAAAGAGUUUGCACUGAAAGAAAAUCAAGCUUGGUACAUAAAUAUAAGCAUACUGUUCUUAUAAAAAAGGAAUUUAAUCCAGGAAAAAUAGAACAGGAAUUAGAAAAAAUGGAUUACGAUAGCUCAUCAAAAAUGAAUGAAAAAAGCAAGAAUUUAAAAAAAAUAAUAACCUCAGAACAAGACCCAUCAAGACUUAUGAUUAAAAGAAGCUCUAGGAUACCGAAAAGAAUAAUCGAGAAAUUAGGAAACACUGAUGCAGAAAAUUCAUGCUCGCGAAAAUCGAAACAAAGAACUGGGAAUUGUAAGGAAAUAUUAACCUGUAAGCAGCCUAAAUCAAAGAACUUGCCAUUUAUUAAAAUAAGCUCUAAAAUACCAAUAAGAAAUGCUAAAAAAUUAGAAAACACGGAUACAGAUAGUGCUCACUCGUCAAAAAUGAAUGAGGAAAAUAAGACUUGCAAGAAAAUGCUAACCACUAAACAAGACAAAUCGAAGAACGUGCAAGAAUCGAAGAACUCAUUUUUAAUGAAGAAAGGCUCUAGGAUACCAAGAAGGAUUAUUAAGAAUUCAAAAACCACUGUUACUGAGAUCUUCUCUCCAAUAAUAAAUAAAAGAAUUAAGAAUUCUAAACAAAUUUUAAUCCCGAAUAAACACGAACUUAAGAACGCAUCUUCUAUAGAAAGAAGUUCUAGAAUACCAAGAAGAAUUAUUAAGAAAACAGAUAAGAGCAAUGGCAAUGCUUACUCGCUAAAAGUAAAUGGAAAUACGAGAAAAUGUAAGAAAGUGUCAUCUAAUAAUCAUACCUUGAAAAAUUUGCAAUUUGUUAAGAAAGACUCUAGGAAAAAUACAAAUUUGAACGGUGUUACAUUACUUAAGAAGUUAAAUCAAUUUCAAAAUGGCGAAUCCAUUAAGAAAUCCAGUCACGAAAACGAGUUCAAAGUCGAAGUAAAAACUAUUACACAAUGUCUAAAAAGUAAAAAUGGACAGAAAAGAUUGACAAAAAGUGGGGAAUCACAUCCUGUGAAAGUUAACGAAAAUAAAUUCAGUUUUAAAGGCCCAGCCAAUAAAGAUCGAAGUUCGUUGUAUCAGAAUUCAUGUAACAAAUCACCUCUAAACUUUAAUGAAAUAGAUAAAAUGCUAGUUAUUAACAUUGUUCACCAUUUUUUUCCUAGAGAAAUUCCAAAAUGUUGCGAUGAAUUGGAUAAAUAA